CGUCUUUAACUCCAGCACAAGCGCGUUUCCUUCCUCAGACCGGGACGAUGGAGGACAACUACCAGCACCCAGUUUUCUUUCAGUGUCCCAGCUUCAUCCCAGAACAGAAGAAGAGAAUAAUAGAACGUUAUUUCCGAGUUCGGCGCAGAUCAGGCGGAGGAGACUGCGGACCUUUAACAACAGCGGCUGUAAACGUCUACAGGAUCGCGUUCAGUCAUCAUAAAGAUCAACAGGAAGUCCUGAAGAGGUCUGAGCAUGUUGUUGACUGCUCUGAUAGUCGUCUGGUGCUGAGAGUGACAGACCGUCCACCACCUGCUGCUGCUUCUCCUAACACUAACGCCACUGCUCCACCAGAGACCAUUCAUAGCUCAGCAGCUACAUCUUGUGGAGAAGAGCUACGCCCUGAUAUCGACUCACGUUCUUCCUGGAAGGAACAUCCUGGUGCAGGACAUCUAGAGAAAGAGCUCGCCUCCUCCUGCUCUGCUCAGCUCCACCCAGAGGAGGAGGCUUUAGUCGGGAGGGUAGCUCAGCUAGACAACGCUCUGAGCUGCUGUGAGAGAAAUCCACACACCGAUGUAGAGCAACAGGUCAGAGAUUAUGACACCACAUCAGGUCUGACCACCGGGGAACGUUCUCAGAUGGAAACAGGGAUGAUGGACGUAGGAGAUGAACCGUGUUUCAGUGAGAACCAGUUCUGCUCUAAAACUAGUAGAGACACACCAGUGGGUGGAGAUCAAGUCAGACUGCAGGUCCAGGUGGAUUCUACUGACCCAGGAGCUUCUGCCGACGUUCCUAAGAGCAUCAGUGUUGAGAUUGUUCAAGGGACCAUCGAGACCCAACAGGUAGAUGCUUUGGUGUCUCCCAUGGUCGGCCGUUGUCCUCUCUCUACUGCUGUUGGAAACCGUUUGAACAAGAUGGUUAAUUAUCAGCUGGCUGUGAGGUUUAAACAGGAGUCCGGAUAUUUAUCAGAGCUGGGCGAGUCUGUUCUACUGCACGGAUUACCUGGACUUCCAUCUAAAGCCGUGUUUUUCCUCAACCUUGCUCCAUGGGAUGACGAUGAACACGGAGCUCCUGUCCAGGUUCUCAGAAUGGGCAUCAACAACAUCCUGACUUCCUGUGACGACAGAGGGUUUGAAUCUGUGGCGUUUCCUGUCCUCGGAGCCGGGAUCGCCCUGCGUUUUCCUGACAGCGUGGUUGCAAAGGUGUUGCUGGAGGAGAUUCGUGCAUUUGAACAGAACCGAACCAGCAGCUCAUCACUGGUGGUUCGGAUCGUCAUAUAUCCUGGUGAAGACGAGACUUCAGAGACCUUCAGGUCCGCCCUCAACGAUUUCAAAUACAAAGGAUUCUGUAAGAAGUGUCAAGACCCAAACCAAGAGUGUACCCCAAAGAGGAUCGUCCUGCUGGGAAAAACUGGCUCUGGGAAAAGUCACCUGGCCAGCACCAUAUUAGGACCAGAUGUCUUCACGUCCUUUCAUUGCGCCAAAUCUGGAACCCAGAAAGUCCAAGCAGAGACCACGUGUGUGAACGGAAGAAGCGUGACUUUGAUCGACACCCCUGGUUUCUUUGACACAGAAAGGCCUGAGGAGCAGCUGAAGCCUGAGAUAGUGAGGUGUACCACAGAGUGCGCUCCUGGGCCCCACGUUUUUCUCAUUGUGCUGAAAGUGGACAGAUUCACACAUCAGGAGCAGGAUGUCAUCACUAAAAUACGUGAAUAUUUCUCAGACGAUGCUUUAAAUUACUCUGUCGUUGUCUUUACUCACGGUGACGACCUCCAGGAGGGAAUGACCAUUGACGAGUUUGUCAGUCAGAAUAAGAAUCUGAGUGAUCUGGUGAAGAGGUGUGGUGGUCGGUGCCAUGUCUUUGAUAAUAAGCACUGGGACAACAAUCAGCAUAACGAUUACAGGAACAACCAGAACCAGUUGGAGGCGUUACUUCAGACGGUAGACACAAUGGUGAUGGAAAACAAUGGAUCCUUCUACACCAACGACUUUUUACAGUAUGUAGAGGACAGAAUUGUUAAGUAUGAGGAGAACAUAAGAGAUGAUAGAGUUAACUCAACUCCAGCAGAGAUCAGAGCACAUGCUAAAUCUUUGGUGUUCAAUGAAGUUUUGAUCCAGCUGGCAGGGACUGCCACAGGAGCUUUGUUGGGGGCUUUGUUUGGUGUGCUGGCGUUGGCAGAAGCUGCUAUGAAACAUGUGAAGAACCCAUCUGAAAUGAUUAAACGUGUAAAAUCCAGCAUCUCAACUCUUGGUCCCGUAGCGCCGGCAGCAGGUGAAGUUGCACUGGCCACUGGAGCGAUAGCAGGUGUAACUAUAGCAACAGCAGCUACAGUAGGAGCGGUAGUGGGAGGAAAGGCUGGAUGUGAAGCAGCUAAAGGAGCAACAACACCCAUGGAGGCAGCAUGCAGGGCUUAUGAGGCGGUCGUGGAGAAGAAAACUAAUUUUAAGAUUCUUUAAUAGUUUCUUUUUACAAGUGAUGCUGCAUCACUCCUGCACCUAUGCAUGCAUCCACCCAUGUAUCUAGAGCCGGAUCAGUAGGCAGUUAAUGGGUGAGCAGAAAGUAUCUGCAGUUGCACUCAGAACCUUAAAGGAUUGUUUCUGCUCUGGUAGUCUGGAUUUCCGCAGAACAUUUUAUUAAAAAAAAUAUUUAAUUAGAUUGUUUCAGCAACACAUUUGUUUCAUUAGUGCAAUAUUUCAGAGUGUGUGAUUGUCUUAUUUAUAUUCUGUGUGUGUGUGAUGCUGAUCUCAGGGUUGAAUCAUUACAGUCAUUCAACCACAUCCACUGACUCGGGGUUAGCUUGAUCAUUUCCCCGUUAGACAGAAAAAUCUGCUAUCAUGGUGCUACAAUGUAAGGCACCACUACUACAAACACACUCAUAUGAGCUUUCUCCACUGGGAAUAGUUUAUUUGUUAGUAUUUCAUGAUUUAUUCUCUGUUCAUUUGCAGAGAUGAACUAUUUUAGCUUGUUAUGACACUUUCGGGAUGAUUACUGGACUUCACCGCCAUUUGGUGUCUUUACAAAUAAGCUCUGUUAUCACUGUGUGCUCUAAAUCUGUAUGUUUAUUCUUUUACUUGCUCUUAAAUCAGCACAGCUAUGAAAAGAAUCAACAUAAUAAUUCAUGGAUUGAUCUUUUUGUUUUUUACACUACUUUAUAACUUUAUAAACUCUUUUGGGAAGCAUUUAAACCACUUUAGGGAUUUGUUCUCAUCUGGUCCGAGGCUGAAAUAAAAGUUUUGUUGCUAA